GCUCGGUGAUACCAUGUACGUAGAUCCCGGCCGAGAGUCCGAUACGAUGAAUCGGGGAUGGCUAAAAGCACUCGAUGAGACCCCGGAUCUCCUCUUACACCCUACUACACCAUCCUGACAUCAAGCCUCUCUUUCCGUGUGUCUGCAUCUACAUCCCACCACGAAUUACAACGAAUUCCUCUCAAUUCCUCACAAAUUCGAUAAUAUUCAUCAAAGAACUCGCCAUGCCUCGCAGCACUAUUGCCGCCAAGGCCAAGCCGCUCCCCCAUGGCGUCUACACCCCCGUCGUUACUCUGUACAAGGCCGGUGAUCCCGACCAGGAUGUGGACCAUGAUGCCAUGUACAAGCAGUGCCAGGCCCUUGUCAACGCCGGCAUGCACGGCCUGGUCUACCUAGGGACCAACGGCGAGCUUGCUCUGCUCACUGCUCCCGAGCGCAAGGCUAUCCUCGACACGGCGGUGCGCGCAUUAAAAGAUCUAAACAAGGCCGGCUACCCCAUCGUGGCAGGCAUCUCUGCGCAGUCUACAAAGGAAACCAUCAUGAAUGCCAAAGACGCGGCGAGCGCGGGUGCAAACUUUGCCCUUCUUCUUCCACCUAGUUACUGGGCAAAGGCCCUCUCAAGCGAUGCCCAUCUCUCUUACUUCCGCGCAGUCGCCGAUGCUUCGCCCAUCCCGAUUGUCAUCUAUAACUUCCCAGGUGUCACGGCUGGCGUGGACCUCGACUCCGACCAGCUCACGGCCUUGGCCUCCCACCCCAACAUCGUGGCCGUCAAGCUCACAUGUGGCAACGUUGGAAAGUUGACGCGUCUUACAAGUAAGUUUACCCACGAGCAGUUCGGAGUCUUUGGUGGAAGCAGCGACUACCUGCUCCCCACGCUACAUGCUGGCGGAAGCGGCUGCGUCACCGGCAUGGGCAACAUUUUCCCGGCAUCUACCUCCGGCGUGUAUGAUCUCUGGAAGGCUGGUAAAAUUCAAGAGGCCAAGGACUUGCAAGAUGAUGUGGCCAACGCCGAGUGGGCCUGCAAGAAAGGCAUUGCCUGCACUAAGUACGGUGCUUGGUAUUAUCUGGGACGUGGUCUGGGUCUGGUGGACGAAUCAACUUGGGAAAUGAGGCAACCCUAUCAACCUCUCGGAGACGCCAUGAAGAAGUGGACUCUGGAGACCUUGGGCGUGCUAGAGAAGGCGGAGAAGGAGAGGCCGUGGAGAUCAUAGAAGCUACGUAUGUGUACGAC